AUGGCUACUCCGGUGUAUUGCAUUCUCUCCGGUGGAGCUGUCCACUGUGUGUCGGUUGACGCGUUCAGUUCGAAGGAGCCAGAGAAAUUGGCCAGAAAUCCAGAAGUCGACCUUCAUAAAGACACGCCUGUUCCCCAGAAUUCCUUGAGCCCGGCGGCCUUGAACAUCAAGAGCCGAAACUUGCUCUUUACGUUGAACAAUCCUUCGCUUUCGGACCUCGAGUCGGAGAACUGCAAUACUUCAGACCGCAGAAACUCCAAUGCGCUGUCUUCUGACGACGAGCACCUGUCUCCUGCUAUUGUGCUUCCUCGGCCCAAGAUUCCAGUGCUGUUACCGUCGUUUAACGAUGGCGACGACCUUCAUAAGAAUGGGAAUGCAAGGCCGACGCUCCAGCUUAAUAUCGAAACGCCGGUGCCAGAUAACGACGACGAGGUGCCCCAGAAUCUAGAGUCUUUACUUGACGACUACAAGACCCAUGCAGUGUACCUCCCCCAGUUUUCCGUUGAUAUUCGUAAUAACCUAGACAGUGAUUACACGCAGAUAAGGCUGCUCUUGGCGAAAAUCUUCCCGUCAUGGUCCGCUGACGAUGCUAUCUUUAUCAAGCGGUUGACAGGUGGUAUCACCAACAUGCUCUUGUCGUGUACUCACGAGCCUUCCCAGGAAACCCUCCUUAUGCGUGUCUACGGUCAGGGCACCAACUUAAUCAUUGACCGUCAUCGUGAGUUUGUGUCUCACUUGGUUCUUAAUUCUUUGCAUUUGGCUCCGCCUGUCCAUGCCAGGUUUGCCAACGGUCUUAUCUAUGGCUUCUUGGAAGGUCGCUCUUUAGACCCCAAGGAGCUUGCAAACCCUUACUUGUAUCCGUUGAUCGCUCAGCAGCUUGGCAACUGGCACAGCAAGGUGGACUGUGAUAAUAUCGAAGAUGGCAUUGAAAAACUACGAAAAUACACCGCUCGCAUCAAGAACCAGCUUCUGCCUGCUCUUCGCCCAAUUACGCCCGUUAACUCCAAACAAAAACGUGAGAAAAGCAUCAAGAAGGCCAUCUUGAACAUCUGGGAUCUCAUUGACGACUGGAUCCUGGUGGUCCCAGCCAACGACGCUCUCGUUAAGAUCUUUAAAGAUAACUUACCUGACCAGGAUGUGAAUAUUGAUAAUGUGCGUGACGUCAUCCACAGAGAGUUCAGAUGGAUGAAGUCAACGCUAAGCAACUCCACCAAGUCGCCUGUUGUUGUUUCCCAUUGCGAUUUGCUUUCUGGAAACAUCAUCAUUCCAAGCACAGCCGAGUUCGAAGACAAGCUCAAAGCCUCGUCUGAAUUCGAUCUUGGCCCCUUGCUGGAGAAUCCAAUCCAGUUCAUCGAUUACGAGUAUAUGCUUCCUGCUCCUCGUGCUUUCGAUAUUGCCAACCACUUUGCUGAAUGGCAAGGUUUCGACUGUGAUCGUUCUGCCAUUCCUGAACCUACGCCAGAGAACCCUGUUCUUGUCAAAUGGUGUAAGGGUUACCUUAACAAUGCCGAUGCCUCCGAAGAGGAGAUUAAUGGCCUUAUAAACGAAAUAGCAUAUUACUACGGUAUGCCAGGAUUCUAUUGGGGUAUUUGGUCCAUGAUCCAGAGUGAACUCUCCACUAUCGACUUCAACUAUGCUGAAUACAGUGGUCUUCGACUCGAAGAGUACUGGUCAUGGAAAACUAAUUACCUCAGAAGAAGGAAUUCGGCGUAA